AUGAGGAUUCACCUUGAUAUUCCGGUUCUUCAUAAGCCAAAUAUUCUUCUUGAUCCAUCCACGAAAUAUGAAGGAGAAAGAAAUGAAAGAGGGCAAAGAAAUGGCAGAGGAAAAGCCCUUUUACCGAAUGGUGAUAUGUACGAAGGAAAUUAUUGCAAAGGUUUCAGACACGGAAAAGGAAUUUAUGUUUUUAAAAAUGGGGCCAGAUACAAUGGGGAGUGGAGAAAGGGGGAAAAAUAUGGCCAGGGGAUUUUUUGGUAUCCGGAUGGUACUCGAUAUGAAGGCGAUUGGAAGCGUGAUAUGAAAAAUGGAUUUGGCGCUUAUUAUUAUGUGAAUGGAGAUAUUUAUGAAGGUUCAUGGAAGAGAAAUUUUCGUCAUGGAUUAGGAACCUAUUUUUAUUCAGAAACCGGUACGAAAUUUAUGGGCACCUGGAUUCAAGAUCGCAUGCAAGGACCAGGACAACUUAUUCAUCCUCGUCAUCGAUAUCACGGAUUUUGGGAAUUAAACUUGCCUUAUGGUCGAGGAUGUUUUACUUUCGAAAAUUCUUCAAUGUUGCAUGGACAUUAUAUUCACGUCGAAGAUCCAAAUCGUCGAGAAGAUGACGAAAAAAAUCGUAAAGAACAAGUAAAUGAACUCGAAAAUUCGGAGGAAAAUCGAGAAAUGUCAAAAUCGAAAUUUGAGGAACCAAUUCCCCUGAAAGAGGGAAUUUUUGCUGUAUGGAGGGCUCGGAAUGUCACGGUUUUCGAUCCGGAUUUACUUCCACCUGAACCGAUGCCAUUACAAGAAGAGGUU